UAGUUCAAUACGAAAAUUAUAUACAUUUACGUUUUUCCCAAAAAAAAAGAAAAAACUAUGAAACUCGAAAAUUAAAAAAGAGAGCAAAGAAAAAAGGCGACUCAAAAUUUUAAAAUUUGUUUAUUAGAAAAAAGGUGUGCUUUUUGUGUCCAACGAAAGGGACAUUGACAAAAAAAGGUCACGUAAACAAAAGAAAAUGUAAAUAAAAAUAUAUACAUUUUGUCAUUACUUAUUUUCAAUGAAAUAUUAAAAGAGAAACGGAAGAACAGACGCCACGAAUGACCAGCCCUGUGGCGUUGUCGGUUGUCUUGUCGUGGUCGUUUUUAUAGUCUAUGGCGUUGUUCGUUGCACCCCCAUCCCCCAACGGAACAGCACAACUUUUGAAUAAAGAUUAUUUAAUCAAUUACAAUACUCGAAAAUUUGUGAUGGAUUAACAAAACGCAGAAAACGACGUCUAGCAAGGACACGGCCAUCUAAACUCGCUUAUAAUCGAAUCCAUCGAUUUUGUGUGUGUAAAAUAAAGUGAAGUGCAUUCCAUGGGUAGAUUGAUAGAUUUCCACCACUAUCAAUUUAUUUUAUUUUUGUGAAAAUCGGAAUGGAAAUGGAUGCUAAGUGUUUCUCUCUUAUGUUUUGCUUACAAUGAAAUAAAUUAUCAAUACAAGCAGCUGACAAUGGCUUAUACCGAAGAAGAAUUUGUUUAAUUACAAAUAUUUUAAAAAUUCUGACUUAUUCUCGAUACGAUAUAUACUCAAUUCCCUUUUCAAUUGUUAUUUAUUCUAAUUGUUUCGUCUAAAUUAUCUUACAGAACUAACCCAAUCGAAAGGAAGAUUAAUUACUUAAAUCUUCUUUCUAGCUAUUAGUGUCGGUUCUCUGCAUCAAACGAAAUUUCAAUCCUAUCCCUAUAAUUGUUCGAAAACUAUAAAAUUUAAUAAGAAUUCUUUAUAUGGUGUGCAAUUUACCAAAAUGAAAUUAAUGACAAAACAAACAAACGAAACAUUAAAUAAAACCAUAUUACAACUUGUGUUUACCAAAUUGUUUUCGGAAUCAAAUUGCGUUUUAUGUUUAAAAUUAUUAUCAUCGUCAUCGAUUAAUAAUUCGUUAAUAUAUAAAUACGACGAAAAGGGAAAAUUUCGACAACUAUUAAAAUCUAAUCCAUUGCUUAUCGGAAUAACUGAAGGAGGGAAUAGUAAUGAUAUAAAUGUCGCAUUAUGGCAUCAGCAUUCGAAAUCAAUAGCGACUCUAGACACGAAAUUUUAGAUCAUACUAAAUCUAACCCUCUAAGACCAUUAUCUUCAUCUUCAACAUCAAGAAGCAAUAAUCAUUUAAAAACAUUUCCACAUUCUAAAAAGAAAUCAAGCGACUAUUUAAAAUUCAAUGAUGUUUCGUUAAGACGAACUUAUGCAUUAAAUUCAAAAGGCUCAAAGCAAAUAGAGAAAAAUAAUUUGUAUCGCUUGUUGAUGCAAAAAAUAAAACAACAAGAUUUUUUAUCGUCAUCAGUAUUUGCAUCUAUACCAGCAACAACAAAUUCAUUAAUUCAGAGAAAACAUAGUUCAAAAAGCAAACACAUAACAACAAGUCUUAAGUCCAAUGAAUUUGAAUUAGCAGAUCAAAAGACCAAAACUACAUCCAAACAAAACACAAAACAUCUUUUUUUAAAAAACAAUUUGCAGAGCUACCAAACACGAACAAACGAAAUACCAGCCCGUUUUUGGUCAGUUGAAAAAUCUCCUAUUGCAAAACAACAAUCAUCGUUUAGCAGUAUAAAUGAUGAACAUAUUGGAGUUAUCGAUGAUGUAGAUGUUGUACCAUUAUAUGGAAAAUCAACAUUGCUUACAAGUUUCGAAGCAAUUGGUUUAGUUGGAGUUAUAUUUGCUGCUGUUGUUUUUGCAUGUUGGAUAGCAAAAAUAAUACGAAGUUUCGUCAAUAAAAAACCAUCAUCAUCAAUUGAAACUUUGAAUAUUCGAAACAAGUCAUCAAAUCAAACUAAACAAAAAAAAAUAAUUUCAGUUUUUCGCAAAAGCUUCUUAUUUAGACGACCUGUGGUUGUGUCUAAAAUAAUGGAUACAAAUACAGAUAGCGAUCAAUUAAAUGAUAGAACGAAUAAUGACAGCAAUAAAAGUACACCAUAUUUUACACCGUUGGGGACAUUUGAUGACGAUAGAAGUCGAUUUGAAUAUCCAGUACCGUCGCCACCUAUAAGUAGAAGUGGUGGUAAACUUAAUUCGAAUGAAGAACUCUUGCCACCAAUACCGAUUGCAUCAGCUUCUGCAGAUUCUGUCCAAAAUGUCACAUCGAAAUCAAAAACCUCCACCACGGCAAAUGCGACAAACAACACAAACAACUUCAUAUCAACAGAAUCUCCAGGUCGAAGAUUCUCAAGUGAGCGCCGUCCAUGUUCGCCUGCAUGGGCUUACAUGGCUCAUUUACUUACCACAAAUCCGGUUUCUAACAAAUCUCAAUAUGACACUUAUGACAAUCUGUUUGCCGCUGGUUCAACUCCACUAUCUUCUGCAAUUUCUGCAUUUUCUGAAAUGCAUUCAACGCGCCCAUCUCCUCCAGCUUCGGCAUCAGCCGCUGAAGGUUGUACCUUAAUGAAUCGACAAAGUUGUCGGAGUCCAAAAGUAUACGAUAAAGAGGGUGACAAAGAAAAUGCAAUACCAACCAAAACAAUACACAAACAGCAAAAUUCUCCACUGCCUUUGGAAGUCAUUCGACUGGCUGCAACAAAAUUUUCGUUUUCACCCAAAGAUAUCAACGAUAAAUCAUCAUCAUCAUCGUCAGCAGCAGAAGGUAGAUGUGCUGUAAAAUCAAGUCCAACACUCUCAUCGGCAGGCUAUACGAAAAAUGGUGAUUAUUUCAAAUUUCCAGAAGUGGAUCUUUCACCUGGAAUCACAAACAAAAUAAAUGCUUAUCAUUAUGAGAACCAAAACGAGAAUAGACCCGAAAUCGCAAAUCCUUUAAAUAAUCUUGUACAACAUGACAGACUAAAAAUUUCAUCAGCUACGACAGAGGCUCAAGCAACAAGAAGAGCACGUUUAAAGUCGAUUUCCCUUGAUUCUGAAGGUGCGAAGUUGGUGGAAGAUAAUUUGGGAGUUCCGGUAGAGGAACUUAUUGAAAUGACUACCCCCACUUCACUCAUGCCAAGCGAUUUUAUAUCAAAUUCUCCAAACAAAAACAAUGCAAAAAACAUAUCAAACCUGAAAAACAUCUCAAUCUCAAAAUCAGAACGUGAUGAAACAAGAGAGGAUAUUGAUGAUAGCUGUUGUUUUGACGAAGUUGUAAGUGACGGAUAUUAUGUUCAAAAGAGCAAUAAAAGUAAUAAUUUAUCAUUGAAAGUAAUGUGGUAUAAUGAUGUCAAUCAGAAUGCACAUAGGGAGCCUAUAAUUCGAACACCACCACCAAAAACUCCAACAUUGGGAAAAACCAAACAAAAAGCUAUUUCAUUUGAUUCUUCAGAUUCUUCUAAGUUUUUGUCUUCAUCGUCUUCAUCGUCGAUAUCACGAGGAUUGCAUGAUCAAGAACAAAAUGACACGAGUAUUGAAAACAAUAUGGAAUCCAGUCCGUCAAAAGCCGUGUCCUUAAUGCAUAUAUCAUCGCUUUCCAUGCCCGGUACACCUAAGAGGAAUUUUUCACCAAAUAAAAAGUACAACCAUGCUGCGAAUCGCAUACAUCGAUCGAAACAAAGGCAAUUGAGCUCAAAUAUAACUCUGACACCAUCGUCACCAUCGCUUUUGUCAUUCGAUCAUAAUAUAAGCGGUUCCAAGUGCGCGGAACGACAAGGGUUCAUACUUAAAUUGGAUUCAUUUAAUGAAAAUUGUGUAGAUGAUGUGGAUUACGGACAUGUCGAAUUGGGUGCAGUAGAUGAUGAUACUGAUGGUGAUAACUACUUUAUCAAUUUUGACGAUUCAAUAACUGCUACAGCUGCAUCUAAUACGAAAUUACUUAGUGAAAAUGAGACAUUGGCCACAAAAAAGCUUAGUCCCGAUUACUUAAUUGGAUCAAAUCUUCAAACACAAAAAUCUGCUACAGCUCUCAGUUUGUCGAACAGCAAUUUGAAAACUCUACCUGAAGUUAUGACUCUAAGCGAUUUUUCAGUCAGUCGCAAAGAUGAUGAAAUCUAUGAAGACACCUUAAAGGCGUCAUCUGCGGUUGCUGUUGCUGUUUCUACUAGUGGCGGAAAACAAUUAAACGUGUUAAGCAGUCGUUCAACUGCAAGAAGUUCAUUACUUCAACGUCGUGGAUCUAAUCACAGUUUAACUCUGAACUUAAAUGAAUCGUAUGGAAGUCUCAAUAAAGGAAUGAGUGCAUCAAAUUGCAGUUUAUCCAGCAAUCCACAGUAUAAUUUAUCGAAUUCAAUUUAUAAUUUAACUGGUUCGAAGCAGCAAGCUGUAUUGUAUAAGGGUAAUUCGAUUGGAAUUCCAUCAACACAUAUCCACAAUGGAAAUAAUUUAAUUAAUCCAGGGUCUGGAUUUGGUGGAAACCCAGGAAAUUCAUCUGAAAGGAAAAACUUGCUACAACGCCGUGGUUCAAAUACGAGCUUAACUCUUAAUAUCCAUGGCUCAUCAUAUGUCCAUUUAAAUCGUUUCAAAAGCCACAGUUCUCUUAAUAUAACCUCACAUCCACCACAGCAGCAAAAUUUAUUUAAAAUCCAACAACAGCAUUAUACGAUAAAAGAUCCAAUUUUAUGUGAAAAUUCAUCUAACAGUAAAACAUCAAGUAAUAAAAAGGGUCUAUUAGAGCGACGUGGCUCAAAUGCAAGUCUGACAAUUAAUCUGCAAUGUAAUGCUUUGGCAGUAUCCAAUUUGCGUGGUUCGGCAUGCAGUUUGAGUAGCAUAAAUACAAAUCAAUUAGAAGAAGAAUACGGAAUUCGUGGAAACCAAGAAAAUGAAUUUCUAGAUGCAGACACUACAGCGGCAAAUCCAAGUUGCGUUGGCCAACAAAGAAAGUUUUUUAGUUCGGAAAAUUUGAAUAGUCUCAAUAACCGGUCACAAUAUACAAAACUAAAUCAAACUCAUAUGCGUAAUUCAACAAAAACAUGUUUCGGUUCUGUGUCCGAUUUGAAUAACUAUUCUCAAUUGCCGAUUUCUUUUAUUGACAACCAACAAGAAACAACUCUUUCAAAAACCAUACAUAUCAACCAAGAUAAACUUCCAAAUCUUAACUCCUCGAAUUCUAAUCUGACUUUAUCAAAAACCAAACAAGUUAUUUCUGAGAGCUUUAUAACUAAUUUCGAACAAAGCAAUUUAUGCUCUUGCACUGGCUUGAGAAAUAUCACAACACGACCACUUUCACCGCAAACAACUUCCGAAGACUUCAAAAUGUAUCUUGCCAAUGUUCAAUUACUUCAGAAUGCUUCAAAUGUUUUGGAUGGAUAUGAUUUAAUGAAAUUAAAUUAUGUUUUUGAAAAAAGCUAUAGUGAUGAUGAAAAUCUUGAUCAUAGUAAUGCAUUUUCAGGAUGUGGUGUUGAAACAUUCGACGAAAAAAAUAAGUGGAAAAUAAUACUAUCAUCUUUUUAUCAAAUUGAUUUGCCAGAUGAAAAUGAACAAAAGCGGUUAAUUAGAAGUUUACAUCAAGAAUUUUGGGAUCUUCCGACGAAUCAUCAAGAAAAACCAAUGGUAUUUGGAUCACAAUCUAAAAAUCGGUAUAAAAGUAUCUUACCGAACGAACAUUCAAGGGUUCAAUUAAUUGCCGAAGAGGGCUGCAUUGAAGAUCCAUAUAUAAAUGCUAAUUACAUUAAGGGACCAGAUUAUGUGCAGAAAAGCUAUAUAGCUACCCAAGGUCCAUUACCAAAUACAAUUUAUGACUUUUGGUUGAUGAUUUACCAAAACAUUUGCAAAUACGAUGAACACCAAAAAUAUAUCGGAAGUUCAGAGCCAUAUUGUAUGAAUAAGAGCAGCAGCAAAUUGGCAUCGACACCAAUUCAAUUUAAUAAAAUAAUUGAUUCUUCUUCAAUAGAUGCAGCAAAUCGGCAACAAUUGAGAAACAAACGACAAAAAAUUAUAAUGCUAACAAAUUUUAUUGAAAACAAUCGACAAAAAUGUGCAACAUAUUUUCCAAUCAAUGAAAAUGAUAUUUUUCUCAUAACCUACAAAAAUGAUGAGAUCAAAAACAAUGAUAUCAAUAUAUUUUAUAACAAAUAUUUUAAAAAACACGAAACAUCAUCAUCGAACUACGAUACAUUUGAAAUCGAAAUAAAUGAUAAAAAAAUAAUCGAUUACCUACCAAAAGUUAAUUAUUUCAUUGUGAAAAACAAUGGAAUUAUUUUGAAGAAUGGUUUUUCUAUACGACAAUUGCAAUGUUUGUUUUGUUGUAAUAAAAGCAAUAAAUCAUCAAGUAAUAUCAAUUGUAAUAGUGAAAGCGGAAAUGGAAGUAGUAAAGAGGGUGCUAGUAAUGUGAAUGACAAAAGAAUUCAAACAAUACAUAGUUUUAGUAGCUUGCAUUAUUGGUACCCUGAUUGGCCAGAUCAUCGAUCACCAAGUGACAUCAGUGUGUUGUUAGAAAUUAGUCAACACAUGUUAACAUGGGAUAAUUUAAAUGAUCAACCAUUGCCAGUUAUACACUGUUCGGCUGGUAUUGGACGUACAGGUUGUAUGGCUGCCAUUUUAAAUGCGAUUUGCCAAAUGAGAGCAUCAUUUCCUUUAAAAUCAAUUAACGCUUAUCAACAUGAUGAACAAACAGCAAGUCCAACAACAACAACAACAACAACAGCUGCUAUGGCUAGUUGUAAUAAUUCAAAUAAUAUACAAAGCAGCAUGAGUGAUGCAGACAAUCUCCAAAGUUUUUCUAGUCAAUCGUUUCCUUAUAGUAAUAAUAGUAGUAGUGAUAAUGUAAGAAAUAGCAAUUCAAAUUUAAUUAAGAAUAUUCAAAGUCCUGCUGAAUCUAAUGUUGAUAAAAAUAGAAUUCAAUGUAUUUUUAAUGCAAAGGAUGAAAUAUCUUCUUAUUCUAAUUCGAAUUCUUCUUGUUCUUUUUCUAAAGCGCAAUCUAAAAAUAAGAUGUAUUGCGAAUCGGGGCCGCUGGCAACGUUGACAACGGAUGCACCCAUUAGAAAAAGUCCAAGUAUUCAUGUUGAUAUUCUUGGUAUUGUUUGUAAUUUAAGAUUACAACGUGGUGGAAUGGUGCAAAAUUCUGAGCAAUAUGAGCUAAUUCACAGAGCAAUGUGUCUGUAUUUGAAAAGAGUACUUAAAUUAAUUUAUGAGGCACAAAUCUAAACAAAACAAAAUAAGCAAAUAUAAUAAUUAAAUAUAUUGUAUACAAUAUAUAUGUAAUAUGUAUAUAUUAAGUGCCAAAUAGCCAAAUUUUAUAGUCAUAUUUAAUUUAUACAAAAUUUGAGAAUAUUCCAAAAAAAAAUGAAAUUCUAAAUUCUAAGUGAAAAAUGUUCAAAACGUAAAACAAAAAGCAAAUACUUGAUAGAGUUGGAUAGUAACAAAAUAAAGCUUUUAGCUUCUAUGGCAAUAUAUUUGAUCUGCGAAUUAAAUCAUUUUAAUUCUUGUGUGAAGUAAAUGCAUAUAUUCUAAACUUAGACAAACAAAACAAAAACACUAAAAUUAUAAUCGUGUUAUUUAAACAACAAAAUACAAAUAUUGAAUGUAAAUAUAUAUAAUAAUUUCUUACAAAUGUUGUCCUUACACAUUUUUUUUGUUCUUUUCUUUAAGUAUUUUACUUUUCUUAGUGUAAGAUGUACUGGUACGGUUUUCUUAAAAUGUACCAUGACUGUUACUAUUAAAAAAUCAUUAUUUAACUUGAAAUAAAAC